GACAAAAAAAAAUUAUCAAAAUAUUUUGGAUUAUAAUAAUUUUCAAUCAAUCCUUUUUUCAGUUUUGUUUAAUCAAGUAUUAAGUAAUAAUGGCUCCAAAUUCUACUACUAAAGCUUCUACUGCUAAAAAGGCCGCUUUAAAAGGUACUAACGCCAAAAAGGCUUUAAAAGUUAGAACUUCUACUUCUUUCAGAUUACCAAAAACUUUAAAAUUAACUAGAGCUCCAAAAUACGCUAGAAAAUCAGUUCCACAUUACAACAGAUUAGAUGCUUACAAAAUCAUUGUUUCUCCAAUCGCUUCUGAAACUGCCAUUAAAAAGGUUGAAGAUGGUAACAUUUUAGUUUUCCAAGUUGAUAUUAAAGCUAACAAGAAUCAAAUUAAAGCUGCUGUUAAAGAAUUAUAUGAAGUUGAUGUCGAAUAUGUUAACACUUUAAUUAGACCAAAUGGUACUAAAAAAGCUUACAUCAGAUUAACUGCUGAUCAUGAUGCUUUAGAUGUUGCCAACAGAAUUGGUUACAUUUAAAUUACAUUUUACAUAUUUUAAUUAAAUUAAUAAAUAAAUAAAUAUAAAAGUCAAAGUAUCUCAUUUACAUUUUUCUUUCGUUAUUAUUUCAUCAUUUUGUAUUUUACCUGUUUU